CAAAAUUGCUGCCGCUUGUUGGUUGGAAAACGAUGAAUUUUCCCGGGGUUUCGGCUGGAUAAAGUAAGGCGUUUGAGUGGCUAAUACAAAGAAGAAACAGAACACCUAAUGGCUACAGGCACAGGGGAUGAAAGUUUCCUCAACACUGCAAAAGAGUCUUUCCAUAACGUACUGAAGCUGGUGCCUCGUGGGCUGACCUUAGGGCCUUCUUUGGCUAAAGAUGGGCAAAUGGGCCUAUGGUGUGUGGGACGGGCAUUACAGAAUGGAACUCUUCUGGGGCUGGAAGAGCCAGCCACAGUGCCUCAGAGUGGUAAAACUGAAGAGGGAACUGAAAUCGAAGUGUGCCAGAAAGUAGCUCAAGGCCAAAUAUCAGACAAAACGUACUGGAUGAGGUUUGCCUGCAGUGCUCCAAAUGAAGAUGCGAGGAAUGUGCUUGUGCAAAACGUGGAUGGGAAGCUGUGCCUCAGGACCUGUAAAGAUAUCAAUCCAGGAACAGAACUCCUGGUUUGGGCAGAACUACAGGAAGUUCAUUCUGAACCUUUGGAGCUGAAAGAAAAAUCAAACAUUGCUCCAGAAAAUCCCAGUAAAGAGGGCAAUGCAUCAAAACUACCGAAGGAUGAACGUUCAUUUGGUUGUUCGGGAGAGGCUCAGGAAACAAGACGUCCUUACAUUCAGAGGAGGAGGCCUCUAAUCUGUAUAGAGAAAAAGAAUACUGCUUGCAACUCUCAAACCUCUGAAACUUGUAAUCUGGAAGAAAAUGCUGUGGAUGAGAAAGAAGACAGAAAUCAGCAAGAAACAGUGGCUGCAUCUGGUACUGGGAAGCUGGACAACAUUAGUGCAGCCACAGUGCAGGAACAGCUUAGAGGAGCUGUGAGAGCCAGCUGUCGCCUGGCAGCUAAACCCCGCAAAGUACAUUCACUAAGCCGGAGCAUGCACAGGCAACAGCAAGGGGAGAGAACUGAGACUUCUUCCUGUGUUGUGAAAAAGUCUCUCACUAAAGAAACUAGGACUGAAAAUGGACAUGCACUUGAAGACAGCUCAAUCCACAGAGAUAAAGCUAACUUAGGCAAGGAAGGGGGAUCCGAUAAGGUGCACAGAGGUAGGGAGGGUUCUCCAGACUUUCAGUUGAACUUACGAGAUCGGAAAUACAAAUGUGACCAGUGCGCCAAGUGCUUCUUUCAGCUGUGCCAUCUAAAGAAGCACAAGUUCACACACUCAUUGCUGAAGCCAUAUACUUGCACAGAGUGUGGCAGAAGCUACAGCUCCCAGGAGAGUUACCAUGCCCACUUGCUUAUGCACCGUGGCCAGCGGCCCUUCAAGUGCCAGCAGUGUAACAAGAGCUAUGGCCUCAAACGUGAUCUCAAGGAGCACCAGGUACUCCAUACAGGUCAGAAGCCCUUCAUCUGUGACGUCUGUGGCAAAGCUUUUGCUCGCAGGCCCUCACUGCGUAUCCACAGGGAAGCCCAUAAAGCCAAAGAGGCGGCCUACAAGACACCAAGGAUAAAAUGCGAAAAGUGCGACAAGGAGUUGGCUAACUCAGGCUCCCUGCGAAAUCACAUGCGGUUGCACACGGGUGAGCGACCAUAUGUCUGCUCACACUGUGGCAAGAGCUUCCGCCAGUGUGGGAAUCUGCAGGGUCACCUGCGAAUUCACACUGGAGAGAAACCAUACAAGUGUAAGCACUGUGACCAGUGCUUCUCACAGGUGCCUGAGCUGCGCCGGCACCUUAUUUCCCACACAGGUGAGGCAUACUUGUGUCCCAUGUGUGGUAAGGCCCUGCGUGACCCUCACACGCUCCGGGCCCAUGAGCGCCUGCACACCGGUGACAGGCCCUACAAGUGUGAGCAGUGUGGGAAAGGGUACACCAUGGCGACCAAACUGCGCAGGCAUAUGAAAUCUCACCUGGAUGAAAAGCCGCACAGAUGUGAGAUAUGUGGAGGCAGAUAUACUCUGAUGCAGAGUCUGCAGCGCCACCUACGAUCACAUACAAAACAGACAGAGACUGGACAUGCAGCCAGAGGGAGACCUAGAAAGGUGACCCAUAGAGAGACUGGGCAGUCAAGGCAUGGCCAUGGUAAGGAGAAAGAAGGGCAGAGUUUGGUUUAUGUUCAGGCCCUGGGUGACCUCAUUGUUGUACCUCAUUCUGAAGAAGUCAUUUUAGGCACCAGAACAUUCCAAGAGUCUGCUAUUGUAGCAGGAGCUGAAGAAGGGCUGGACCAAACUGAGCUAAGUGAGGACAUUGUAGAAAUUAUUGUGUCAAAUAGCAGUGCUAAGUGUAUUGUUGUCGAAGAACGGGAUGUUAAUGCUAAGUGUAUAGUUUUACAGGAUCAGGAAGAGAAUGCUGCAUGUACUGUUGUGCAAGAGCAUGUUGAUAAUAGUAGUGUGGUUGUAUUACAAGGCCAUGAUGAUCUGAACACUGUGGCAGAGAUCAUUGAAAUAGAGUCAGCCAUUCAAGGCUGAAUAUGUAGAACAAGAAAACGGAUAGUAAUGGCCAUUAAAAACUGCUCAGAAGUAAUAAGCUUAUUGUGCCAUUUGAUUUAAAGGUUAAUCUGCAGUGGUAACAUUUGAGUUAAAGACGUCAGUAAAUAUUGACUCAUCUGCCCACUGAACCUUGUGUCAUGUUUGUUCCAGAUGUACAGGCAAUUGCACAAAACAAAACUCUGGUACACGAAUAUGUAAGGAAAGGAAAGAUUACUGGUGUGGGUAAUGCAAAUCUGUGUCACUGGUGUAUUAUAAUGGCCCAAAUCAUACAAUCCUUUACUUGCGUUUUACACAGUUUGUUAAUUGUUACUACAGAAUUGUGUCUUUUGACAAAAUAAAAGAAUAUUAAGAUGAUGGGA